AUGGUCGCUGGGGACUGCGAGGCGGCCUCGGUGCCCGGGCCUCCGCUACCGGAGCCCGCGGCCCAUGGCUGCGUGGCCUCCUGGUGGGACAUGGUCCUGCGGAACCUGCGAUCUGUUCCACACAACUUCUCAACACUCGGAAGAAAAAUUGCUGCUCUGUACAAUGACUUCACCAGUAAAUCAUUAUCAGAACACAUUUGUCCUCCUCUGAUGGAGAUGCUGAUUUAUUUUAAUUGGUACAAUGCCCCUUUUCUUGUGGACUUAAAGAAACCAGAGUCAAAGAUUGCUCACACGGUGAACUUGUACAUCAGGUCUGAGCCCAGGGUGCUGCUGGGAGUCUGGCACACGGUUCCCAGCUGCCGGGCGGACGAUGCUAAGGGGAAGGACCGUGGCUGGUAUGAAGACGCUCUGCACGAUGGGAACCCAAUCAUUGUUUAUCUUCAUGGCAGCGCAGAACACAGGGGAGCUCCCCACAGAAUUAAGCUGAUAGAGGUACUGAGUGAUGGUGGCUUUCAUGUGCUGUCUGUUGACUACAGAGGCUUUGGGGACUCCACAGGGAAGCCGACAGAGGAAGGACUGACGCUGGACGCCAUCUGUGUCUAUGAAUGGACCAAAGCAAGAAGUGGGGCCACGCCUGUCUGCCUGUGGGGCCACUCUAUGGGCACAGGAGUCGCCACAAAUGCUGCGAAGGUAUUGGAAGAGAAAGGGUGCCCAGUUGACGCCAUCGUUUUGGAGGCUCCAUUUACCAACAUGUGGGUUGCAAGUAUCAACCAUCCUUUGUUAAAGAUUUGCCAGAUACUUCCAAGAUGUUUGGGGACCCUCAUGGACGCCAUGAAACAAGACAAAAUAGUCUUUCCUAAUGAUGAAAAUGUGAAAUGCCUGUCUUCUCCCCUUCUCAUCUUACAUGGAGAAGAUGACAGGACAGUUCCCAUGAAGUAUGGAAAGCAGCUUUAUGAGAUUGCACACCAAGCUUACAGGAACAAAGAGAGGGUCAAGAUGGUUAUCUUUCCUCCUGGCUUCCAACACAACCGUCUUUGUACAUGCCCCCUGUUCAUAGGCACUGUGAGAGACUUCCUGAGGGAGCAGUGGGCGUGAUGUCUGAGAGAAGCAGGAAGCAUCAGUGAAGAUGUGAAAUUUCUUGAUGUAACUUUGUCUGGAGAAUUCUGGCACCAUGAAUGAGUUACUUGUCAUUUUAAUAAAGAAAACAUUUAUUCUGGGCAGUAUGGGAUGUUCUUGUUUAGCUCUUCAUUGUGAAGCUUUCACUGUGGAGAGGCAGAAUUUGGUAGAAUUUAGA